AAAGUACCCAGGCUCAGUUAUUCAACCAAGGUGCAUUUCACAAGAUAUGUUUAAGGGACUCUUUGGUACAAUUCGUCAGCUUGGUGGAGAUUCUUCUACACAAACACUUAAAUCUUAUAGACACUCCUUAAACAAAUAUCAAGUGACUGCAUUAGUUUCAUCAAAAUUAAAAAGUAUUAAUUAUGGGGAAGCUGAUGGAACUGGAAUUGGUAUUAACACUUUGACACGAAGGGAUUAUCGUAAAGAUAAAAAAUGCCCAAUUAAUAAUGAAAACCCUCAUUAUAUAUAUGAAAAACAUAGUAUUCAAUCAUGCAAUAGCAAUGUAAACGAUGAAAAUAUGAAAGCUUUUUAUCUUCAAAUAGAGCGAUGCAAUCUUAUAGAAGCUAUUCUUUAUCAAGAUUCUAUUGAUCACCUGUUGCAAAAAUGGCAAAAUAUUAUUAGAACAAUGGUUUUCGAAGCUGUUCCAAAGAAAAUAGGAGUUCAAUGUGUUCAGGUAAUUGCCCAAACAUUUAAAAGAAAAACUAUUAAAAUUGAACAAAAUAAACUUUCAGCAGACUGUCAUUUGAUGAUUAAAAAUAUUAUUGUCUUGGAACUAACAGAAGCAUCAAAAUUCUCCUAUAUCGUUGGAUGGGUUAUUUACAAGCUUAUUAAAAGUGAUGACUUAACACAAUCGCACCCUCAAUUCAAUUCUAUUCGUGCUCACUUGGAAGUUUUAAGCUCGGAGAAGCUUGCUUUGCAACUUAUAAUAUUGCGAUCUUUCAACAUGCUACUUGAUAUUGCUAGCAGUUGUCAACAUGUGAUGGCUGAAAAACAAGAAUUAAAAGAUGAUUUAGAUGGUGCUGAGGAAGUAUUUUCAAGAAUUUUUUUAGUUUCAGAAUUGCAAUGGUUACUCUGGGUAUUUGGAGAUAGUGCGACAAAAAAGCGAAAGAAAAACUUGAUAUCAUCGAUAUUAAAUCAUUUACUAAAAGGAACUCAAUUUU